GUCCAUGCUCACGCAAGGUAACGUAACCUGAUUUUUCCUUAACCUUCACCACUCGAGGUCAAUGCCUGGCUAACCCCAACCAAUCGAGGUGCUUCGUAGGGUUGUAAUUUUGCGGGCGGGACUUGUCUAGAAGUCACGUGGCGGAGGGCCGGGCGCUUUUUGCCUUCUGCUGUAAAUAAAUACAACAGUCAGUGAAGCAAGAGAAACAUGGAGAACCAGUGCACACUGCAGGUGAAGCUGGAGUGGGGCCACGGAGUCCAGCUAAGGAAGAAGGUGACAUCAGAAGGCUACACCCACGACUGGAUGGUGUAUGUCCGAGGGCUUGAGACCAGCGACAUCCAGCACUUUGCAGAGAAGGUUGUCUUCCACCUGCAUGAGAUUUUCCCCAACCCAAGAGAGGAGCUGCCGAAAAAGAUGUGUUUCAAGUACCAGCUUAACCUAGAGGGUGACCACCUGCGCUGUGAGACGCUCACCUUCAACAACCCCACCAAAGAGUUCAGGAGAAAGCUGAUCAAAGCUGGAGGGGAACCCAGCAAAGAAGGAAGUAAUGGCAGCAGUCAAUCCUCACAAGCCGACGGAGGAGCAUCGCUAUUGGCCCUGAAAAGACUGAGAGCAAAGCAGACAACAGAGGUGAACGCAGCAAAAAAUGUUUAUUCUAAAAGGCUGCCACCUGCUGCUCCCGAAGUGUCCGAAGAGAGCACUCUCUUGUUUUCAGCUGCGAUCCAUCUUGCAGGCAAGAUCCAUCAUCCAUGAUUUGUCGCAAACAUCCAAUGUGUUUGACUCACUUCAGAAACAGUUGUGUAGCAGGGUGAAGACUACAGAUGUGUAUUCUGACUAUUUGACUGUAGCCUGUCCUGGACUGACGCAAACCAGUCAUGUCUGAAGAUUGUAAAGCUGUGAUUUUUCCGAAUUAUGAAAUUCAAGGUCUUCAUUUUUCAAUAACGUGUUUAGGGUAAUUUAUGAUGAAGUAAUAGGGCCUCCGAGAGGAGGUAAAUCUGUUUUAACCUCAAUUUUUCGUCAUUUGAAGUGGACAAAACAAAAUAACUAUUUUGUAAAGCACUAUUUGCAAGCACCUGUCUUCAUUGAACUGUAUAAUUUUGUAUGUAUGUUUUGUACGUGUGGCGUAAAACGGCAUUAGUUGCAUGCAAACAUUUUUUACCAAUGAGAAAUUUUCUGCCCUGCGUUUAUUUAAUGUAUUUGUUUGUACAGGUUUUUUAUUUUUUUAUUUUAAGCCCUCUAAGUUAGGACACAACUACUGUAUGUUUUUAAUGUACAAAUGAUGAUGAUUAGUAUUUACUGUAAUAUCUGAGCAUUCUUUUUAAAUCAGUUGCAAUAGUUUAUAGGUUUAAGUUUUCUCUUUAUUACAUUAAAACUGUGAAACCUGUGGGGCAUGGCUGUUUUGUAUUUCUCCCUCUUCCUACAUAUUGAAAAGGAGGAUUUAAAGGUUGCUUUCUCAAUACCAGGGGGACACCCUUGUGUCUGACAGCCAGGUGGGUUUUAUUUUACUCUGAUUUGACUGAGAGGCAGACUAGAUCACUUUGAGCAGCAGGACAAGAAGGGGAGGGACCA